CUUUUAUGUCAUUGCUAUAACAAGCGUCAAACGUUAAAAAAAAGUAGAUCUGACGCCAAGUUGGCACUAUGGUCUUCAAGUAUUGUCAAAAAAAUUGUAUUUUUUACGAUUUUUGAUAAAGUAAUGCCUGUUUCGUUAAAAUCCUGUGUUAGAUUUCAAUGAUUAUCAGUGUUGAUUAAUUGUAUACUGUUGUUAUUCUCUAAUAUGGAGUCGGAUUCAGGAUUACAUGGUGAUAUACCUGAUGGCGCGGAAGUGUCUCCAUUAGCCGAAAGCCAAGCAGUAGAUAGUGUUGCUGAAAAUAAUGUUACAAGUCAGGAAUCUGAAGCCGCUACAGCUGAAGAGUCAGUGUCAAAUGGAGGUGCACCAACAAGUAGCAGUGACGCUUUAGAUGCAGAUCCUGGGGCAGCGCUAGCUGAGGGCGAAGAUCAGCCCACCGGAGAAGAAGCAAGUGCAGAAGAAGAAAUGGACAUCGAUGACACCACAGCCGGGACAGCAGCUGACGAGUCUGCGUACAUAGGCGAUAAUUGCUUAUCGACUCCUGCAGCAACAGAAGAUAAUUCCCCUCAGGAGGAAAGCCAGCUUGACCCGGACGUGAAGGACGAGGCGGGUUUGGAUGAGUCGGAGGGCGUCGACCCUGCCGCAGAGGAGUCCCCGGACCAGUCCAUAAGCUCCGCUAUGCCCAUAGACAGCGCUGUGGGUGAGGGAGACGGAGCACCUAUGGUUCAGGAUGAUGAAUCGAGCACAAUGGACGAAGAUAUGGGCGGCGGCGAGGGAGUUGCGAGCAGCGACGACGUCAACGACAUCAGUAGCGCCGCGGCAGAGGUCCUCAGCACAGGCAUAAGUUCAAGCACGGCUGAAGGCGCGGCGGAUAUAUCCAGCAGCGGCCAGACCGAGGCCACCCUGAUAUCCUCCACCGCCAACGGACCGGCAGUAUUACAUUCAUUCUCUAUCACUCCACAGCAGCAACAAGCAAAUGAAUUUGGUGAUGCUGACACGUCGGAAAUGGAGGGAGCCGCUGAUACGAUGCCCACAGUAAGCGAGUCGAUGCCGUUGCUCACUAUGACAGCGAACGGAUCGGCUUUGCUUUCACCCACUUUUACUCAAGCCGAGGAGGGCGGGGCCAGCGGCGUGUCGUCAUCGGUGGCCGCGGAGGGCGCGGGCGGGGAGGGCGCGGCGGAGGGCGAGGGCGCCGUCAGCAGCUCGGUGGCGGGCUCCAACGGCGCGCCGCCGCUGCCGCCGACCGACGCCGCGCACGCGUUGGCGACCCUGGCCAGCGCCGCGCUGCACCACCAGCAAGAUCAGGUAUGUAGCGUAUAUGAACAGGUGUAUAGACAUUAUGUAGCAAGCGGGGAGGGCGACGGCGCCGUCAGCAGCUCGGUGGCGGGCUCCAACGGCGCGCCGCCGCUGCGGCCGACCGACGCCGCGCACGCGUUGGCGACCCUGGCCAGCGCCGCGCUGCACCACCAGCAAGAUCAGGGCGCCGUCAGCAGCUCGGUGGCGGGCUCCAACGGCGCGCCGCCGCUGCCGCCGACCGACGCCGCGCACGCGUUGGCGACCCUGGCCAGCGCCGCGCUGCACCACCAGCAGGAUCAGGCUGAACCUGAAGAUGUUAAACCUCAAAUUGAGGAGGAUGCAUGGUAUACUGUUGGACUUGUAAGAGGGACUACAUUCACGGUACAAAACUACAUAUCGGACCCCAAUGUAGACCUGUCUAAUUUAUCCCUGGACAGUUUGCCAGACUUCACCAGUUUGCCUACAACUCCCCUCGAACACGGCACAGCGUAUAAAUUUAGGAUCGCAGCAAUCAAUUCUUGCGGUCGGGGCGAGUUCAGUGAGGAAUCAGCGUUCAAGACAUGUCUACCAGGGUUCCCUGGGGCGCCGUCAGCUAUAAAAAUAUCAAAGUCCGUUGAAGGAGCACAUUUAUCAUGGGAACCGCCACAAGUGGCCGCUGAAGGCAUUUUCGAAUACUCAGUGUAUCUCGCAGUCCGGUCAAACUCUCAACCCAAGGAGGCAUCAAAAUCACAACUGGCGUUCGUGCGUGUGUACUGCGGCAAAGCGAACACGUGUGUGGUACCACAGUCGUCUCUGGGCGCAGCGCACGUAGACUCAUCCACCAAGCCUGCGAUCAUCUUCCGCAUCGCCGCGCGCAACGAGAAGGGCUACGGACCUGCCACGCAAGUCAGGUGGCUUCAAGAUAUCAAAUCUACAGGAGUGAAGCGAGCGGGUGACGGCCGGCUGCCGGGCGCGUCGCCCUCCAAGCAGCCCAAACAAAUACUGCACUAAGUGUUAGUCUGUGACACCUUGACAUUUUAUCAUAGAAUAAUUUAGUUAUGUACAGUCGACUAAGUGAAUAAUGUUCGCCUUCAUGGUUAGUAAGUACACUUUUAUUUUUUACUUUCAUUUUUUUUCAUAAUGAAAUCUCAAUGAUUGUGGAUAGUGUUUUUAAAGCGGACUAUCCAAUCGACAAAUAAUCAAGUAUAUUAUUAUAGUGUUCUCGCGAUUGUUACAUAUGCGUCAUACGACUGAUUAUGAAGUGUAAGGGAUAGACUGAAUGAUGUUGAGACAAAGUUGCCGUUAAUGUAUAAAUUUUCUUAACUGGACUAAAUAAACAUGGUAGAAAUAUUCA